UUUGUUUCCGUUGUUGUUUCUCCUGUCCAGCGAACUUAUCACACUCCAGUCCAGUAGAUGGAGUCAAUCAAGUCAGACAUUGACUGACAAUGAGUCCACAAGAAGAGGAAGAAAACGAAGAAGAACUUCAUUAGAACAAACAAGGGGAAUGAAACCCUCCGGUGUCUGUACAAACGUCUUACAAUUUUGUGGCGCUGGAAACCUCGGAUAAGGUUAACGAGAAGGAUUGUAUUUCUGAAGGUUUCUUCGCAUUGACAAUAAUUGUGGACAACCGAGAAUCUAACCAUGGCUACUAAAUAGUCUCUCUGUCCGCGGGAAAAUGUCGUUACUUCCUGUGCAGAUGUCUGUUGGCGCGACAUUCUACUUCAGCUGGAGAUUCUAGGGCAUUAUCCAAACACGUACAAAAGUGACAGAGGCAUGCAGUAAAAUGGAGUGCAUCAGCAAGGACGUGGAUUUUGGUGAUGCUGAACAUGUCAGUGAAGAUUCCGUGGACAUUUACGAUGAUUUGGAUCUCCAGGCUGUCAGCAGUUCAGAGAGGUCCCCACCAGCUCUUUCUCGGCUGCAAGCAUCAAUGGAUCUAUAUGAAGACAUUGUACGAGAAGAACAACAGGGAAGGGAAUCCGCUUUCAUUGACCUGAAGUCGCGAUUCCAAGCAGCCCAAAACCAAAUCAAAGAGUUACGGAGGAGACUGGAGCAGAUGGAGUUACAGAACACAGGGCUGAACACUGAGAACCAUCUUCUCAAAAAGAACAUCUCAGCACUUUUACGGACAGCGAGACAAGAGGUUAUGCGAAAGGACGCAGAGAUUCAAAGGCUGAACCAGCCGUCCGCCAAAGGUCAACAUCAUCAUCAAAAUCCCUCCUGCCAGUCCUUCACUAGCUCCUUGAGUAAGCUGCCGAAGUCCACUCUGCCAUCGCCCAUUCCCACCUCAUCCUCCUCUCCUCAGACAUCAUCUUUAAGGGACGAUUGUCUUCCAAAGCUUCAUCUUGAAGCACCCAAGAAGGAAAGUGGAAAGACCAGCCUCGCUCAGCCUACCUCUCACAAUCGUUCCAAAGGUUCCUCAGUGCAUGAAGUCGACAAGGAGCUCUCCAUCAGCAAUUCUGUCAGUUCGUCAACCUGGCAUCAUGGCUCAGAGAAGCACAAAUCUAAGCACAGAGAGGACAAAUGUCAGAAAUUGUUGGACUCUAAAGACAGAAGCUACAGAACUGGUUUGGAUUCCAGUUAUACCAUUGAGAAAGUCAGGUCUCAUAAAUUAGACAGAGAAAGAAGACAUGACUCUCGGACAUGUGAAAGCAGGGACUACCAAAACGUAGACGGGCAUCGCAGAUCAGAGGGUGCUAAAAGUCCUCCAGUAAAGAAUUUAAAUCCUGUCGGUUCUUCAGACGACUCAAACGGGAGAACCCAUGAAAAGAAACAUCAAUCUGGUCACAGCUGUUCAGAGGACCGCAGUCGCCACAGCAGAAAAAUCAAGACGAGUGUUGAAAAGAGCAGUUUAGAGCUGGAACUCAAACGAUCAGACUCAAAAGAGCGGAAGAGAUCUUCUGUAAAUCCGCAUACAGACGAGAAGCAAAGGAAUCGGCACAAACACCGUGGAGAUGAAAAGGCCAAAGGUCAUACAAGGAACACUGCAUCAGAGAGCAAGAGAGAAGGUGACAAGCAUCCACCAGGAGAACCCCACAAUAAUAAACCCGGUGCCAAUAACAAGGAAAGACAAGGAAAGAAGCAAAUGCAAACACCAACCAAGGAACUACUGGAAGACAAAAGUGAAAACAGGAAGUUGUGCUUCAUGGAAACACUAAAUUUAACCCUUUCACCAAAUAAACAGCUGCCAGCCAACAGCAGCCGGAGCGAUGGACUCGCUGCAUUGCAUCCGGUACUUGAAAGCGGGCCUUGUGGGGAUAUGUACGUCAUCGACGAAAUCGGCGGCAGUGAAUUACAAGCUUGUCUGGAAGAGUUGCCUGCAGUUUCCGUGCAAACCCCCAUUUCAGAAACGCUUGUGAAGAGAGAUGUUCAAGAAAGACACACAAGCGUGGAAGACGCUGCUGUUCAAGCUACUUCUCUGUUAUCCCAAGCUCCAACAGCGGAGGAGAUGGCUCCAUGUUUGACUCCCAAAGCACAAGAGAAUAGCUCUCCGGUAGGAAAAGACAACCCACACGGCCAAUUAGACAUAUCGAAACAACUACCUGUAGAUGCUACUGACCAUGUCCCUCACACAUGUGGAAGUGGUAAUGGUAAGAGUGGAAAUAGCGCUGAGCAAUGUGAUGCCGUCACACAGCAAGCUGAUUCAAGACCAGCUCAGGAUACAGUCAUGGAAUAUGCAGUCACAUCUAAAGAUGUAUCCACCCAUGAAGAUGUUAUUCACCCUCAUCCACAAAGUAGACAAACGUCUCCCAUCACCCGACCUCAGGACGCUCAACUAGAUGUACACCCCCCUGCUUCUUCCAACCCCACCAAUGAUAAAGACACAUGCUCUGUUCAAGAUGAUCUCCAAGAUAUAAAUGCUGUAUCUAGUACAAUAAGUCUAGAAUCUGUCCCACAAGAGGGCCUGAGUCUGCCUGAGGCUAUUUAUGUUCUAACAAACAAGGACGACGGUGACGGUGGAAGCUCUUGCCUCACGACAGACCACGUCUCAUCCAUCGGCUGUAUUGGCGUGUCAAACGUCAGCAGCACAACAGAGGAAAUGUCCCCCCCAGGCCGAUACCGCGAGGCCACCGUCACACCAAAGAAAAACACGUAUGAAAAGAGCUGUGAGAAAAAAGUCAAGCCUUCCUGUUCAAUGCCUUUACUUCAUGACGAGGACUCCAUGAUGCGUACACUCAGCAACCUCAAGAGAAUCCCUGAUGCAAUCAGCCCUUUAAGGAGUCCGAUCCACGUGAAGAAGAGAAGUCACCUCCUGGUUCAUGGGAAGCCUGGGCAUGUCAAAAGCCUACAAAAAGAGUUCUCAAGCACAGCCUGUGAUGCCAACUCAAAGAAACAGGAUUUAAAUAAAGAAAAUAAAUAUCCAGGUUGUACUUUAAAACAUGCCAAGGACUUGGCAGAAAAAUUACCGGAAAUGCCUUCAAAUCUCUCUGACACUGAACUAGAGGAAGGGGAAAUCUUAAGUGAAAGCGAUGAAGCGUCUUCAGGUUCGCCUCUUCAUGCAACCAUGCGGACUAAAUCAGGUGCAGUCAGAAACAAAGCCAAUCCCAAGUCACUUUUAGAGAAGAAGAAAUGUGAAGAAAGGACUGCAGCAGAAAGUGCAUCAAUGCAGCAAAGUCCAGGAAGUAAAAGUCGUUUUAAAACGGUCUGCCCGGUAUCAACCAAGACUUCUUUCGCCACCGUCGAAGAAGUCAUGGAAACAUUCACAUUGGUUCGCAUGGAAAUCCGGAAAAAGUACAUGAAGCUCCACAGAACCUUUCCAAAGAGGAGCUUUUGCGGCGUCAUGGACAACUUCAGGGAGUCGUUCGUUCAGUUUGUGGAAGGUGCACAUUUUGGUCAAAUAUGCUGUCAUGCAGCGGAGCUCAAAUCAAAGCUGAAGGUUUUAAUCAUAUCGAUGUUUAAGAAAGUGGCAGACAACGGUAUCGUCAAACGCAUCUUUGAUCAGCAAGCUGUUGAUCUGAAGCAGAAGUUGUGGGACUUUGUUGACGACCAGCUGGACUACCUGCUCAAGGACAUUUACACCACACUGAAGAACCUGUGUCGAGCAGCAAGGACUUUUCCAGAAAAAAAGAGGUCUUGUGGAAGUGAGGCUGCCCCUGGACAAAAGGACCAAAAAGGGUUUUUGAGUGCUUUGGAACCAAAGAAGCCUUUGGGUGCACCUUAUAAAACAGGUCUUGGAAGUCGAGGCAAAGACAUAAGAAUUACUCACACAGGAAAACAAAAAAAUGUUGAUGCGUCUGCAGAUCCAGGAGUUGACAGUCUUUCUCCUAAAAAGCCUUCAGUUUCAGAGAAAACUCCAAGGGCGUUGGUGGUCAAGUCUCAAAGUACAUCUUCGCUUGACAAGACUGACUUUGAACUACUCACAGAGCAGCAGGCUUCCAGUUUAACGUUCAACCUGGUCCGAGAUUCUCAAAUGGGAGAAAUAUUCAAGUGCCUCCUGCAAGGAUCUGACUUACUGGAGCCCAGUGGAGAUAGCACAUCGUGGUCUCUCGCUACGCCGAAGAAGAACGUAGAAACCCUCAUUAGCAUCGCCACUCCAAACAAGUUUGACUCCCCGUCCAAAUUUCUUUCCCCAACCAAAUUUGACACCCCGUCCAAAUUGAUCGCGACCUGGUCUGGCAUCUCACCGCGGAACACGUCUCUACAGACUAAAGACCACAUCACGACACAUCCAGUUUUAUUUGACGAAAGUUGCAUGCUAGAGGUUCCGUUCGAGAAUCAGGUGACUCUGCAGUCCAGCUUUUUGUCGCAGAGGAAUUAUUCAAUUCUCGCCGAGGAUCUGGAAGUUUCCCUAACUAUUCCAUCACCUCUCAAGUCCGACAGUCACCUCAGCUUUCUGCAACCAUCUGGCAUGCACACCGUAUCCACUCCGGACAGCGUCAUCAGUGCUCACAUUAGUGAGGACGCUUUGCUGGACGGGGAAGAUGCGACAGAACAGGACAUUCACCUGGCCCUCGACACGGACAACUCCAGCAGUGGGUCCAGCAGCGGGGUGCCUUCACGAGCGGCUGCCAAUGCUUUUGUGUUGAAGCCCGACUUGCCGAUGCAGGCCCUCGUGAUGGAGAAGUCCAAUGAUCAUUUCAUUGUUAAGAUUCGUCAAGGGACCACACCGACGUUAAGUCCAACACGAAGGGGCGAAGAUUCUGCAGACAAGUCGCCGAAACAAGCCAGCCCAGGCCAUGAAACAUCUAAAGACCUUCUAACGGGCUUACAUACGAGUAGUCUUGGUAUUGAUCCAACCCAAGAUGAUUCUGCACAAAAUAAAGACCCUACUCGUACACCACCUGCGUCCGAUCGUGCGACAGAUGAGCCACAAAAGGUUGCACCUUCUGAACAUACUCAUUCAAAGGACAAAGGUCUCACCACGGCAGAAGAAGAUGCCCGCAGAGACCCGCGACAGGAUAACAAGGAGUGUGAGAAAAGCAAAAAACGAAAGAAACACCAAGAGCAUUCGAAAGCAAAGCGUCCAAGAGAAGAUCAACAGGACCAAAUGGGAGAUGCGGCCUUCAGCUCUAAAAAGGAAUCCUCGGCGGCGUCCCGUAACAGUUUCUCUGCCAUGAACGUUGUCAAGAGAAAAGGAGAAGUGGUGAUGGCAUGGACAAGAGAUGAAGAUCGAGCAAUUCUUAUUGACCUGAAAACCAAAGGUGCUUCACGUGAAACGUUUGCCGACUUGUCCGAUAAACUGAAGAAGCCUUCAGAGCAGAUUGCACAGAGAUUUUACCAGCUCAUGAAGCUCUUUAAGAAGCAGGGGAAGAUGGACGUCUGAUCACUGGAUUGCCAUUCAGUGAUUCCCAUCUAGCGUUGUCACGGUACAAACUGAAAGAUCCCAAACAAAUGAAGGCCAUUUUCAAUGGAGAAGCGUUUGUCUUAUCCUGUCAUACGACCGCAAAAAAAAAAACCUUGACUGAACUUGAACUGAUCCUGCAGUUGUGCUAAUUAUGUUAAAAAUAUGUUGCAUUUUUUCUAAUAUUUUAUUUGUAGACACUAAUGGUAUUUUUGUA